CUGGAGAGUCCUAACUCGACGAGGAACUGAACAUCGGUCGCGAGAGAAGAGGACAGUCGCCGCGGUUCGCAGGGAAGGAGUGUGUUUAGCGCAGCUCUACAUACUAUAUAGCUCCCGUGGAAGCAAGAGAGAGAAAGAGAUAGAGAGAUGACACACGCAACCCGUGCACUUUCCGCGCGCGCAUGUAAUUGUGUACAUCCGUGCUAGCUGCGCUCGAGAGCUGCUCACUGUGUUGUGCGUGCGUGAUCAUCAUCGUCGCCCCCUUUGCAUGACUGUACAACCUCGACGACUCGGAGGAGCGAUCGAGUAUCCGGUUUUCUAGCCCGACGGAGCCCUGCUAGUGAAUUAAUAGUGAAUUGUCGAACAUUGUAGAUUGUACAAACCCACGCAAGUAUUGAUAAGUAUUCGGUGUCAGUGUCAGUGUCAGUGAGUGUGUGUGUGCGUGUGCGUCAUCGAGCCCUCUCGCUCCCGGACGUUAUAGCAGCAACCGCCCUCGAACCUACAUGCAUCAGCGCGUCUUCUCCGAGGACUCCACCCCACCCUGGAACGUCAGCCAUCGCUGCUGCAGCUACGGGCGACGGUCAGGGGCCACGCCGGUGACCCGGAAACAAGUCGCGCCCGGACACGUCGGCGACAACACCGCCGAGCCGCCGACGGAGUCUACAGCACCGCUAGGCUGAGCUCUCGACUCUUCCUACUUCGCUGGGCCUACCAGUAACUUUCACAAGACUGGAGUGUAUCUGAUGCACUCCUCCGUCGUGCCGCUGCUUGUAGUAAGAUGGCUGUACAGUUGGACGGCGGAGGGAAGGAUGAUUUGAAAACUCAAUUCGUCACACGAGAGGGAACUUACAAGCUCAUGACCCUGUCGGAGUAUUCAAGGCCAAAUAGGGUAGGAUAUACCAAUAGCCAAGGGAGCGCCUCCGUCAGGGUCUCCUUUGUUACGCUACCCGAUCCUGCUGAUCCCACUGGUACACAGGGACUAGGUGACCGAAUGUGCUUCAACUUUGGCAAAGAACUAUAUGUUUAUGUCUACAGAGGCGUGAAAAAGGCUGUGGAUUUAAACAAACCAGUUGAUAAAAAAUUGUACAAGGGAACUAAUCCAACUUGUCACAAUUUUAAUCAGACAACUGCAACAGCUGAAAGUGCACCAUUAUUAGUUGGUUUUUCAACAGGGUUGAUACAACUAAUAGAUCCAAUAAAAAAAGAACUAAGCAAACUAUAUAAUGAAGAGAGGCUAAUAGAUAAAACGAAAGUAACUUGCAUAAAAUGGGUUCCUGGUUCAAGCAAUCUAUUUCUAGUGUCACAUAGUUCAGGUCAACUGUAUCUUUAUAAUGAAGAACUCAUGUGUGGCACGACCCCGCCACAUUAUCAGCCAUUUAAGUCAGGCGAUGGCUACGCUAUUCACACAUGCAAAACCAAAUCAACUCGAAAUCCCUUAUACAGAUGGGUUAUUGGAGCUGAAGGGUGUUGUAUAAACGAAUUCGCUUUCAGUCCUGAUGGUUCCAACUUGGCUGUAGUGUCUCAAGAUGGAUUUCUAAGAGUAUUUCACUACGACACAAUGGAAUUAGCAGGAUCAGCAAGAAGUUAUUUCGGCGGAUUUUUGUGCGUAUGUUGGUCGCCGGAUGGCAGGUAUGUCGUUGUUGGUGGAGAGGAUGACCUAGUCACGAUUUGGAGUUUCCAUGAAAAACGAGUCGUUGCUAGGGGUCAAGGUCACCAUAGUUGGGUCAGUGUCGUGGCUUUUGAUCCUUACACCACGUCUUAUGGAGAACACGAUCCUGACUUCAGCGGCUCUGAUGACGAAAUGUCUGUUCCACACAAUAAUCACAAUCACGUUCACGAGAAAACCAAAAGGUUAUCGGCCACCUCGCAAAGCGUACAUUCAAAUAGAAACUCGUGCAGUUCCGAACUGAGGGUAUCCGGUGGCACUUGUUACAGACUAGGUAGUGUUUCUCAAGAUACACAACUUUGUCUGUGGGACAUCACGGAAGACGUCCUCCGACAACCCGUGUGUCCGAAGCAAAGGGCUUCUAUAUCUGCUGCAGGUUCCGGUGUAUUUACGUCUUCAGGAACUUUCAGUAGUGGUAAUGGAGCUAUGUCAAAUCACCACACUAACAACAGUAAACACACAAACUCAAAUAAUAUUAGCUUUAAAGAAAAUGCCAGCAGUAACAAUGAUAGCAGCAACAACAGUACAAGUACCAAUGUAGCUGUGUCAACAGUAAACUCAUUGACUCAAAGGUUAGCAGGGGGGCUUGGUUUUGGAGAGAGGAGAAGUGAUAAUCACAAGAGGAACUUUAGCCUUACUAUAAGAGGAAGUGGGGCUACUAGUAAUGCCACAGUAGUGCAAAAUAGUGGUACAGACAAGACGGGAACUAGUACAAAUGGAAGUAACUUAAAUAGUGUCGGUGGAAGUUUAGGUACAAGCAAGAAAGUUAGUUCUGUGAUGGAUGAUCCUAUGCGAUUGAUAGGAACAGCCUGGUGUCCCAGGUUUGACGAGUGUCCUGUGCUCGAGCCAUUGGUGUGCAAAAAAUUGGCACAUGAGAGACUGACUGAAUUAGUGUUUAGGGAAGAUUGCUUUGUUACAGCUUGUCAAGAUGGAUACGUUUAUACUUGGGCGAGACCAGGUUACAUGGUAGGUCCCCUCACCAUAAGCAACACAUUGCACAGACCACACAACCACAGUCACUCUUACCCCGUUACUUCUGUACGGCCUAACGAUCUCUGAUGCAUCGUAAAUCCUUAUUGUUACCGAUUUUCCAUAAUGUAGAAUUUUUUUUCUCCAUUGUAACAAUUGGACAGGGCCACUUUUGAUAUUUUGAAAUAGAUAUUUUAUGUUUGUUCAUGCGAUUUUCGUUGUUAUUAUUAUUAUUAUGAUUAUAUUUUAUUCUUAUUAUUAUAAUUAAUAUUGUUAUUACUAUUAUUAUUAUUAUUAUUAUUACUAUUAUUAUAGUUAUUAUUUAAUUGUGUAUGAUUUAUGGAAUCUAUUAUCCACAGUAAUGUAUGUAAAAAGUAGAAGAGGUUUUUUGUUUCUGAAUUCACAAAUAUUCAUAUUUAUUUCAUAUAUUUUCAUAUUUAAAUAUAUUUACUGACUUCGAAAUUUCCAAUAAUUUGAUUAGAUUUUAUUAGCUUGUAUUUGUAAAUUAAAAAGAAUACUAGUAAUUUCAACUGAUACUUAAUUUAUAUUUAUUCAGAACUAAAAAUAGAAACAAAAUAACAGAGAACAUUUAUUAAAACAUAAAAGUGAGUUAGUCACUUAAUUCAAUUUUUUAAAUCUUUGCUUCUGUGUUCAUAAUAUUUGUAAACACUUUAAGUAUGUACACAAAAUUUAAUACUAAUAUUAACGAAACGCAGUUACAAGUAUCAAAACUAAAACAUUAUUAUUUUAUAGUACUGAAGGUAUUAUACUUUUACAUUUAUGCUACAUUUUCUAUUUGACUAGUUGAAUAUUUUAAACAUAAUCUUAAUUAAUAGCAUAUAAAGUUGCUACUAAUUGUAAUUUUUCUAUAGAAUUGCAAGACUUUGUAUUGUUUUUUCAUAUUUUCUUGAUGCAAUUACAGUAAAUUUGUAUCCUAUUUGCAUAAAUUAAUUUUUUAUUUUUCAUUAGGGUAAACCACGGAUAAAAACGUUUUUGGUUAACCGUAAUGCAAAAAUGAUUUAUGAUUCUCAAUAAAAGUCAGUAUAAAUAAAUGAGGCAACAAACUUUGAGAAUUAGUAUGUACUUUUUUAAUUUUAUAAAACAUAAGUCAUUUUCGCAGCAUAAUUAAUUAAAGAUUAAACAGUAAUAAACAGUAAUAAACAGUAAGUUUAUUUCAAAAUAAAAAAAAAGUAGCCAUGUCUGGUAUUAAUGAAAAAGUUGUACAUAAACAUACUAGGAUGUACAUUAUAAAGCCUGUAUUCCUUAUCAAUUACUAUAGAGCGAUGCAUAAAAAAACUCGUAUCACUUAGUGAUCUCUUCGUUAUUAUUACCUACACUCUUGAAGAGUAAAAGAUGAUAAAGCAUGAAAAAAAUAAGAAAUUUAUAAAAUUAUGAGAAUGUUUGACAAAUGUAUAAGUCAAAGCACUCAAGCUAUAAAAUUGAAUGUUUAGUUUCUUUUUGCAUCUUAGCUUGUUUAAUUGCUUUCAUCAAAGUAUUACAUUUUGUUCUUGCAGUGCAGUUGAAUUUUUAUUUACGUGAAAUUUAAAUUUUUACUUUUGUGGUGGAAACGAAAAUGAAGAUAUAAUGUGCCAUUCAUGCAAGUUAGAAGCAAAAAUCAAUUCAAUUGUAAAUUGUAUUUCAAUCAAGUAGAUACAUUUAUUUUGUAGGAUUUAGUAUGGUAAUUAAAUUAUUUUUACUUUUCUUGGUAGACGUUUUAAAUGUAAUUAACAAGUUGUUUACUUUAACGAAGAAUUCUUUACAAUGCGUAAAUUAAAAUAAAUAAUUCAAAUAACAAUAGUUCAGAAUUUUAUACAUAUUGUUUAUUUUCGUGUAUGUAUAUUAGUUACUUCGAAAAUUGUGUUGAAAUAAUUCAUAGUGGUUAUACGUGUUAAGUAAAUAAGAAUGAAAAAUGGCAUAUUUAGUCACAAAAUUUGUUAUGUAUAUGAUUUUAUUUACUCUUAAUCAAAUGUUUAAUAGUAAAGUAAUAAGCAUUCAAAAAAUAUUGAUAUAAAAUACAAACGUAUUUAUGCCUUA